CAAUGAGCAGAAUUUUUAUGAGACAGCCCCUGAAUACAGGGCCUGUAUUUUGAUUUCAAGAGAUCAGCUGAAGAUCAACAUGGUUUAAGUUAGACUUGAUUUUGUUUAGUCUGAUUGUAAAUUUAUGUGUAUAUUUAUGUCGUUUAGCUUUCUAAAUUGACACCUAUUUUGUGUUUAUCAGUCAACAAAUACUUCUGCGAUGAUUAACUUAAGAAAAAUUUCAUCUAUAUUCGGGUCACCGGGUAAUUUAACUAAAUCUUUUAGAAAUUUAUCAUUGUCGACAAAUAUACCCACAUCGAUUGCACCACCACCUCUGCUUCCUCCUGCCUCAAUUCCGGUGCCACUGGUUGAGAAGCCUAGACUUGGUCCUAUUGCUCGACAAGAAAUGCCUACACGUUUUUCAUUGAUUAAUGAACUUUAUGCUCCGUCAGUGUACGAAUUCAGAGUCACCAUUAAGCCAGAAAUAAAAGAUCCAAGGAUUGUUGAGGAGGUUAAAUGUAUCUCGAAAAAAGACAAAUAUGGAAGUACCCCACCAUUCAAUUAUCGAAACACCAUAAUGCAUAUCAGACAUCGUAAAAUCAAGAAGCAUCAUAGAUUAAAAUGGAUCAAGAAAAAUUUAGCCGCUAUUAAAUAUACGAGACUUCGUAGAAACAUUGAUAAAGAGAAAGCGUUCAGGGCAGAAAUAUUUGCUGCAGUCAAGGAAGCGGAAAAUUUCUCUGCUGAAAAGUACGUCGAUGAUGUGCUUAACUCUAUCGAUAAAGCUCCUAAACCCAUUUCAAAAGAAGACAAUCUUCGCAAUACAAUUAGAUUGAUAAGAAAAUAUAGAUCAGACACUGAUCUGGUAACGCCGGAAUUUGAUGAUCCAGUGGAGCCUGUCCAUCAAAAUGUAUUUAGAAUAAAAUAAAAUACGCACUCAGCGACAACUUUUUUGUCUUGAUUUGAACAUUUUAA